AAACAAAAAAAACUCAUCAAAUUAUCAACAUCAAUGGCUUUCUCCAAAUCCUUCAUCUUUGCUUUACUUUUUGUUGUGACAAUGACAAGCAUGAACAUCGAAGCUCGUCAGCUUCUUCAAACAACCGCACUUCCACAUCCUACCAUUCCAGCAUAUUUACCAGAUUUUUAUGUAAUGUCAUCAUUUCCCAAAGGAAGUCUUCCACCAUUGGACAAUUUCAUCCAAUCUCUUCCUAAGCAUAUCAUGUCAUUUCCCUUUCCUUCGGUUGAUCUAACUAUUGAUGUUCCACCAGUGUCCGCUCCAGCUCCUGCUCUAGUUUCCGAUACUCCUAAUUCACCCCCUUCCUUUUUCUCCUUCUUCCCAUUUUUCUCCAAGACUCUUUCAAUCUCUAACCCUUAA